GUACGGACGGCCUUCCAAGAUGGCGGCUCCCGCAUAAAUCCGCUAACAGGGUGCCGCCAUACUCUCUCAUAGUGUCUUUUGUCUAAAGGACCCGAAAGCUGAACCGAAUCUUCGUCUGUGGAAGGACACCCCGGGGUGGUGGUUGGCAGCCUGCAGACUCGGGUGCUGCAGAGGUUAAACUUGACCAGUGAGGUGGAACAGCAGGGUUUCUUGAGUCUGAAGCGGAAGUGAUGGACCGUGGCUCUUUCUACCCACCCAGCUGGUUUUCCAGGUAAGCAGUCAGAACACCUGCAGGUCCUGGCUUCCUGGGAUAAAAUAGUUCCUAUGAGGGAAGAAAGUGAAAGUACCAAGAUCAACACUAUAUCCUUGACCAGAGACCUUGAACUAGAGCUUCAGAGAAGAGCCCAGAAUCAACAACAGAGCAGAUAUUAGAGUUUCUGGCUGUGUCCAAGGGCUCCAGAAAAUGUUCAAGUCCCAAGGGUCACUGUCAUUCAAGGAUGUGGCUGUGGUUUUCACCUGGGAGGAGUGGCAGCUCCUGGCCCCUGCUCAGAAGGACCUGUACUGGGACGUGAUGUUGGAGAACUACAGCAACCUGGUGUCAGUGGGGUAUCAAGUCAACAAACCAGAUGUACUCUCUAAAUUGGAACAAGGAGAACCACCAUGGACUUCAGAAGAUAAAAUUCACAGUCAACCCCAUCCAGAAAUUGAGAAAGUUGAUGAUCAUCUGCAGCAGCACUUGCAAAACCAAAAAAUGCCGAAGAGGAUGGAACAACGUUAUGAACAGGAUGCAUUUGGAAAUAUAGUUCAUCAGAACAAAAGUAGUUUUCCUUCAAGGCCAAAUCAUGAUAUGUUUGAUUUACAUGGAAAAACUUUGAAAUCAUAUUUAGGUUUAAUCAACCAGAGUAGAAGCUGUGACAUAAAGGAGCCUGCUGAGUUUAAUGGAGAUGGGAGAUCCUUUCUCCAUGCUAAUCAUGAGCAAACUCAUACUGAAAUUAAAUUCCAUGAAAGUAGAAAACCCAUCAGCACUAAGUUACAGUCCCUUAAAUAUCAGCAAACACAUAAAAUAGAGAGAGCCCAUGAAUGUAUUGAAUGUGGGAAAGCCUUCCUCAAGAAGUCUCGGCUCACCGAACAUAAGAGAAUCCAUACAGGAAAGAAACCCCAUGGAUGUAGUGUAUGUGGAAAAUCUUUCUCCAAGAAGUUCAAGCUCACUGAACAUCAGCGAACUCACAAAGGAGAGAAACCCUAUGAGUGCAAUGAAUGUGGGAAAGCCUUCCUCAGGAAAUUUCAGCUCACUGAACAUCAGAAGACUCAUACAGGAAAUAAACCCCAUGUAUGCAGUAUAUGUGGGAAAGCAUUCUCUAGAAGGUUCAAGCUAACUGAACACCAGAGAACUCAUACAGGAGAGAAACCUUAUGAAUGUACUGAAUGUGGCAAAGCCUUCUGCAGGAAGGCAGAGCUCAUUAUACAUCAGAGAAAUGAAAGAGGAGAAAAACCCCAUGGAUGCAGUGAAUGUGGGAAAGGUUUCUCCAGAAAAUCACAGCUCAUUCUACAUCAGAAAACUCAUACAGGAGAGAAACCUUAUAUAUGCAGUGAAUGUGGAAAAGGUUUCAUUCAGAAGGGUAAUCUCCUUAUCCAUCAACGAACUCACACUGGAGAGAAACCCUAUGGAUGCACUGAAUGUGGUAAGGCCUUCAGCCAGAAGGCCUGUCUCAUAGCACAUCAGCGAUUUCAUACAGGAAAGACUCCCUUUGUAUGUACUGAAUGUGGAAAAUCUUGUUCACAAAAAUCAGGACUCAUCAAACAUCAGAGAAUUCACACAGGAGAGAAACCCUAUGAAUGCAGUGACUGUGGGAAAGCCUUCACCACAAAAACAAUGCUCAUUGUACAUCAAAGAACACAUACAGGAGAGAAACCCUAUGGAUGCAACGAGUGUGGGAAAGCUUUCUCCCACAUGUCAUGCCUUGUUAAACAUAAGAGAGUACACACAAGAGAGAAAUGUAUAGAUUCAGUGAAGGUGGAAUAUCUUUCCAGAAAGGGUCACAGCUUAUUAGAUACUAGUGAACUCAUGCAUGGGAAAAACCCUGUUAAUACGGUGACUGUGCAAAUGCCUUCUGUGAUCCCACAGACAUCAUUAAACAUCAGUGGGUUCCUAGCAGAUAGGAAUGUAGUCAUUGUGGGACAGCCAGUUGCCAGAUGUGCACCCUCAGGGGAUAACAGAAGGUUUGCACAGGAGAGAAACCUUAGGAAUGCAGUGAAUGUGGUCAUGCCUUCAGUGGUCAAUUAUGUCUUAUUUUAUGUCACAACAGAAGACAGAGCACACCGUAGAGUUGCUAGCUUGCUCUUAAGAACAGGAGAGAUGACCAAGGCCCAGGAAUCAUUAUCAUUUGAGGAUGUGGCUGUGGGCUUCACCUGGGAGGAGUGGCAGCUCCUGGAUCCGUCUCAGAAGGACCUGUACAGGGAUGUAAUGUUGGAGAACUACAGCAACCUGCUGUCAGUAGGAUAUCAAGCUACCAAACCACAUUCACUCUUCCAUUUGGAGCAAGGAGAACCACCAUGGAUAGUAGAGGGAGCAGCCCAUAGUCAAACCUGUCCAGAAGAAAUAUGGGAGAUUGACCAUAUGCAGUGGCACCCAGAAAACCAAAACGAGAUUAAAACUUUGGAAAGAUGUCAGCAGAGUUAUGCACUUGGAAAUAAUUUUGAUGUAUGCAAAACUCUUAUUCCUUUAAAACAAAGGCACAAUAAAUUUGGCUCACAUUGUAAAAGUUUGAAAUCACAUUUAGGUUUUGUAGUCCAGAAUGGAAGAUAUGCAGGAAAGGAUUCUGAUGAGUUUAGUAGAUAUGGGAAAUCAUCUCUCUACAUCCAGCAUGAUAAAACUCUUACUGAAAUUAAAUACCAUGGGUGUGUUAAAGCCAGUAGCACUAAAUCACAGCUCAAUGACCAUCAAAAAACUUAUCCAGGAGAGAAACCACAUGAAUGCAAUGAGUGUGGGAAAGCCUUCUCCAGGAAAGCACAGCUUGUUAGACAUCAGAGAACUGAAAGAGGAGAGAAACCCCACGGUUGCAAUGAAUGUGGGAAAACAUUCAUGAGGAAGAUUCAGCUCACCGAACAUCAAAGAACUCACACAGGAGAGAAACCCCACGAAUGUAAUGAAUGUGGAAAAGCCUUUUCCAGAAAGUCACAGCUUAUGGUCCAUCAGAGAACUCACACAGGAGAGAAACCCUAUGGAUGCAGUGAAUGUGGAAAAGCCUUCAGCCGGAAGUGCCGGCUCAAUAGACAUCAGCGAUCUCAUACUGGAGAGAAACUUUAUGGAUGCAGUGUGUGUGGGAAAGCCUUUUCCCAGAAGGCAUACCUCAUUGCACAUCAGAGACUUCACACAGGAGAGAAGCCUUAUGAAUGCAGUGAAUGUGGAAGAACCUUCUUUUUUAAGUCAGACCUGACCAAGCAUCAGAGAAUUCAUACAGGAGAGAAACCUUAUGAAUGCAGGGAGUGUGAAAAAGCCUUCAGAAGCAAAUCGAAGCUCAUUCAGCAUCAGCGAACUCAUACAGGAGAGAGACCAUAUGCGUGCAGUGAAUGUGGUAAAGCCUUUGCCCACAUGUCAGUCCUCAUUAAACAUAAGAAAACUCAUUCAAGAGAGAAAGCUAUAAACUCACUGAAGGUGGAGAAACCUUCCUCAGGGAGUCAUGGCUCUUUAUACAUGAGUGAACUUGUAGGGGAGCAAAACUCUAAGAACACAGUGCCUGUGGAAAUGUCUUCUUUGGGAACUCAGCCCUUAUUAAACAUCAGUGAGCUCCUAGGGGGUAGAAAUGUAGUGAUUGUGGAACAGCCUUUUCCAAGGAGUCAGACUUCAGUAGAUAAUCGGGAUUUUGCACAGGGAAUAAGCCUUGCAAAUGCAGUGCAUGUGACAACACCUUCAGUAAUAAAUUAUGUCUUAUAUGUUACGGAUAUUGUGUAGGAAAAAAAUCCUCUGAAACCAGAAAUGCAGAAAAGCCUUUAGCAAGAAUCCUCCAUGCCUUUAUGUUAGAGCUCACUUAGGACAGAAAUGCUAUGGAUGCAGUGGUUGUGGAGAACACUUCUGUGAGAAGUUAGACUUACUAAAUGUUAGUGAAAGCAUAUUGUGCAAAAAUGCAGCUAUUGUGGGGAAGCCUUUUCCUGGAGGUCAUAUCGUGGUCGGUAUCAAAGAAUUCCCACAGGACUAAAACCUCAGGAAAGAAUGUGAUGGUUUUCAGUGAUAAAUUAUGCCCCACCACAUGUCAGAGAAGCAUGGAAGGACAACUCUAGAGACACCAAAUGUGGAAAAUAUUUUUAGUAAAAUGUGGAAGAACUCAUAGAAAAGAGAAACCCAUGAAAGCAAUAAAAGAUAGAAAUUCUAACACCAGAUUAACUCAUGAAUCACAAUUUUAUACCUUGGGAAUCUGGGAAAGACUUCUUUAAUAAAUGAAACGUUCUUGACACCAGGAA